AUGUCAGCAGCAACAGAAACAGCGGCCACCGCUGAGCAUCUCGCCGACGACCAAGUAGCAGCCACUCAUGACACGGAUGCAGCACCACAAGAAGCUGGAUCGGCCGCUUCAGCGGCGGCAGCAGCGGUACUCGACAGCACAACCAAUCCAGCCGAACGCGAUCACAUUGAACGCGACGUAUCCAACAUCCUCGCUGGGCUCAAUCAGGAACAGCUCGCGUCCAUCGUGGCUGCAGCCCGCGCUUCCGAAGCUCGCAAUGCAGACGGCAGCGCGACGGGUGAUGGCGAGGGUGCUGCACCUUUCGCCCAAUCGAUGCCGUAUGGGCUAGGACAAGCAGCCAGCGCGUUGACAAGCAUCGCUUCCGGCUUCAAGCGUACUCCGGGCAAUGACCGCACCAGCCUCGGCACCACCUCAACUACCGACGCGGAAGCAAAGGAUCUGGGUGACGCGCCGCCACCGCCAGGUACAGAGUACCAGGCCGAGGACGACAAGGAGCUCGACGCCGACACAUCCGCCGCCAUCGCAGCGGUCAAGUCGGCAACCGACAGCGCAACCGCUGCUGCCAUCGCCAGCCUAGGUUCGCUGGCUGCUGCCUCGCAACCCGCAUCCAACGCCACCGCCUCCUCCACCGCCCACCCACAGCACGACGGUCUCGACGCAGCCGACGAGUCGAUGGACUACGACUCGCCCAACGGCGACUCAUCCUCCCCCUCCCGCGGUCUCAAACGCCACCGCGGCCCCGAACUCGACCGUCAGCGCAAAGACAACCACAAGGAGGUCGAGCGUCGUCGCAGAAGUGCCAUCAACGAGGGCAUCACCCAACUCUCCCAUAUCGUCCCCGGCUGCGAUGCGAAAAACACCAACAAGGGUGCCAUCAUCCACGCUGCUGUCCGCUACAUCCAGGACUUGAAACACAACGAAGCGAGCAACAUCGAGAAAUGGACACUGGAAAAGCUGCUCAUGGACCAAGCGAUGGGCGAUCUCACCGCCCAGUUGGACGAAGCGCAGCAACAGAUCGAGCGGCUGAGGCACGAGUUGGACGAGCGGUAUACUGAGCACCACGAGGAUCCGCAGGGCAAAGCAUAG